CAGCGGUCACGCCAGUUGUCAUUCAGACGCUGGUAUAAGUGUGUGUGUCGGCGUUGAUAAACCGCAUAUUUAAAGUGACGUAAACAAGUGACGACUGAAAAAUGUAUAUAAAUAAGAAACACGCUGUAUAGUGGAACAGACGAUGUUAUUCAAUCAAUAAUUCGGACGUGAUGGCCUGGAUUCUCCUGUGCAUUCUUUUGGUUUCUACGUUUCAGGCAUCGAAUGGCGCUGAGGUAGCUGAACGUCGAUCAGUGUCGGAGGGCGAGAGGUCUGCCAACCACAAACCGAAUGGUUCGUACAAAAUCUUGAAUAGAUUUGUGAAGCCUUUUAUCACUAAAAGAGUGGAGUUGGGUUUCGUUUUCCCAGGAUUAACGUCACGGGCUGGGAACAAUUUGGUAAUUCCUGAUGAGUGCAAGAAAAUCGGCAUCUGUGAAGACAUUCCCAAUUACCCAGAAGAGUUGGUGAAGAAUUUGGCACAAGAAAUUGAAAAACGCAACAUCAGCAAAUUCAACAAAGACGUUCUGGACAUACCACAGAUAGCUGAGAGAAUUGGACCUGAGGAAGAAAUAAUUGAGCUUUGUAAUUCAGUAGAAAGGCUGUACGCCCCACGAGCCGCGCAGGAUGCUAAUAAAGAAUGGUUCCUCAUUAUGAAUGAUAAGCAAAAGCCACAGCAAACGUUUCGAGUAGAAAUAUGCCAAACAAGAGAUUCGCCUUGCUCAUCAGUGGCGUAUUUCCAAAACGGCUACGAAGCGCGAUGCGUCCAGAAAUACAUGUUACGGCAGAUGUUUGCCAUAAAUGACCAAAAGGAAGUCGUCGAAAGACCCUUUCAAGUGCCCAGUUGUUGUUCUUGUGUAGUCAAAGUAGUGUAACAAAUAAGACUAUUCUCUAAUUAUAUUAUACAUUUCUUGUUGUAUUAUUUUAUAUAAGAUAUGUUAUUAUAGUAUUUGGUUAUGUCAA